AAAUGAUAGAAAAUGAAAAUGAUCUUGUAUGUAGCCUUCAUAAAUAACCUGCAAUAUUGGUUAAUCUGGAUUCUUAGUUAGAGUUAAAUUAAAGGCUCUUGUGUUAACAAUGCAGUGAUUUUAUUGAACCAUCUUCAAAUUUUUUUGGAUUCAAGAAGGCUGUUCUAAUGAUUGAAGAAAAUCGAAAGAAUAUUGUGGAGUUCUUAUAAAGUAAGAUUGAUGGAGAUCUCAGACAUGUUGAAUCGUUAUAUAAUCAAAUAAUCGCUUUGAAGUCAUAUCUUGUUUAAUUAUUGGAUCAAUUAAUAGGAAAUACAAACGAUUGGGUUUAGAAUUUAUAAUCCGCAUAUUAAGGUCAAAAUAAGUAUAGGUUCUUCAAGGAGUUAAAUUCAAUAAUACCAAAUUAAAAAAUAGAACAGAAUGAAAAGCUGAAUUUAACUAAUUAGAUUACAAAAAUAAACAAUGCUUGGAGCAAUAAAUUUAAGUUAUAUUUAGGAUCAUUUCAAUAAUACCCACAAUAUCAAAAGUGUCAAGAAAUUUUGAACUAAAUAAAUGAAUCAGACUGUCUACCUCAAUAAAAAGCAUCAGGCCCAACUAAAUUAGUACUCAUUGAUGAUUAAACAGAAUAACAAGAGAAGUGCAAAGCUAUCGCUUUUGAUCCAACAGGGAAGAUAAUGAUUUCAACUAGUGAUAAUAACAUCAAAAUGUGGAAUUUUGAACAGGGAAAAAUCACUUUAAUUAAUACACUAUAAGGACAUAAAGAGAAUAUUUAUUGUCUAGUAUAUAGCAAAGUACAGAACUGCUUCCUAUUUGGAGCUAGCGAUAAUACAAUUAGAUUAUGGAAAGAAUAGAAUAACAAUCAAUGGCAAAGUUUCUAAGCAUAAGAGGAACAUAAAGAUCCUAUAUAUUGUUUGAUUUUAACAGAAAAAGAGGAUUAAUUAAUUUCAGGUAGUAUUGAUUAAUCAAUUAAAGUAUGGAUGGUAGAUUUCAAUGAAAACAAAUUGUAAUUUCUUUAAUCUUUAGUGAAGCUUACUGCCUUUGUUGUAUCAUUGAGUUUAAAUGAUUCAGGGUAAGAUUUAGUUUCUUGUGGAUCUGAUGGGACAAUUAUAAUUUGGAGGAAAGGAGAAAAUAAUUAGUGGAACUUUUAGUAAGUUGUUACCAAUUCUUUAUAAGAAUAAGGAAAGCAUGUUAAAUUCUUAAACGAAAAUUAAUUCAUCUGGUUAGCUCAUAAGAGCAAUUAUGUUUGUGUUUUUGAAAGUACUGAUGGUGUAUACCAAGAAAAUAUAGAGAAUAGAGUUUAAUUCUAGAAAGAUAAUUAAGCAUAAGCAAAUUGGCCAUUCUUCCCAAUCAUUUAUAAUAGAGAUAAGAAUCUUUUAUGCUUAAGACAUAUAUUCCAUAUUUGCAUACUAAAAAUAGAAGAAAAAGGAAAAUUGUCAAUUAUUCAAUAAUUGGAUUACUAAAAUUAAGGUAGUUAUGGUACUGUAACAAACAAAGGAGAAUAUUUAGUAUAUUGGGGAAGUAGGGAGAACAAGUAUGAAACUUAUAAAAUACAAUAUGAAUGA